GUCAUGGCUGUGUCUGUGUCGCGGUGAUAUUCAUAGAAUUCUAACACAUAGUCACGUAAAAGUUCUGUGUCACUACUGAACCAGCGCUCACAGUUUGCUAGGAUGGACAAGCCCUUGUUCGGACCGGAGCUUAUCAGCGCCUGAACUUUUCAUCAUGUUAUCGUGCUUUAGAAGCUGUGUUAGUGAGCCGCAAGCGGAGCAUCUUCCGGCGAGGCGCUCGCCGAGUCCCCGGCAGGCACCUAUCGCGCAGCAGUUUUUGGUCGCGAGCGAUGCAACACGUAUUAAUCCAGCUGUACGGGCUCCGCCGAGCGAAAACGCAGCUCUGCUCCGGCUGCUGCCUGUGCUUGCUUCCAUCAACGCGGGUCAAGAAGGCUGGUGCACGUCGCUCGUCGCAAGUUGCCGGGCCGCGGUGCAAUGCCUCGAAGCUAGCCAUGCCAGUGUGUACCUGCGGUGCGACGGUGGCUGCGCUCAAACCGGCCAGCAGCAGGGCUUGAGCGCUCACCACGGGCCGGUCUUUCAGGUGGCAUCCGCGGGGCCCCCGGGCGCAGCGGCAGCAGUAGCUGAUGGCGGCGGCGGUGGCGCAGCGACGGCAGCUGCUGCCGCCGCCUCGCUUCCGCUUUACAGCGGCGUAACUACUUCCAGCGCCACCGCAAGCAGCCGCCUGCAGCAACGUGUCGCGGGGCCCUGCAGCAGCGGCGCGGGAGGCGGCAGCGAUGCCGUGGCGCCGAGUGUCAUGGACGUGCUGCUCGCCACACAGCAAAAGGAGGCCCGGCUGCGGGCGCUGGCCCUGGCCAGUCAAGACCCAGCCACGCUGACAGCAGCCGACUACCAAAACCUGGUGACGCCAGUUGUUGCAUUCCGCGAGGUGCCUGCCACGGCCCUGCCGCCGCCGUCGCCGCUGCCCGCCGGUGGUGCGCCGCAAGCACGGGCGGAUGCUGCACCUGCUGCCCUCAUGACCAGUAGCUGCGGCGGAGCACUGCCGGAGGACUGGGCGCAGCUGGCGGCGGGGCACGGCUGCAGGCACUUUGCGGUCGUGGGCAUUGAGACGUCGGAGGAGCUGAAGGGUGUGCUGUGCCUGGCAUCAGCGGCCGCCGCCCGGCCCGCCAGCUGGACGCCUGAGGCGCUGCACGCCAUGGCCGCGUUGCUGGCGUCGCACGUGGCGCAGGCGGCGGCGGUGCUGGGGCAGGCGCUGCCGGCGCUGCUGGCCGCCACCAACAUCAGCCAGGUGGUGGCGGCGCUGGGAGCGGCGGCGGCGGGCGAGGCUGAGAAGAUUGCCCACGUGGCUGGCCAAGUGCGUGUGGCGUUUGUACAUCAGCAGCAGGCACCUGCAGAGGCGGUGGCGGCGGCCGCCAUAUUCCCGUACGAGGUGGCCGUGGGCGGCGGCCGCAAGUCAUCGCUGUCAGCUGCGUCGCAGGCGCCGCUGUCGACCCCCUCGGCACUUCGCGUGCGGCGCCGGGCGAGCUGCGAGCUCAUAAUGGACCGGGAUAAAACAGGGUUGCUGCAGCUGCUGCAGGGCCGCGGCAGCAGUGUCAUGCAGGCUGUGACGGCGGCGCAACAGCAGGAAGAUGGGAGCAUGGGCAGCCUGGCGGCGGCGUUGUAUAGCGCUGCAACCACCACAAACGGCGGCAUCACCAUGGGUGCCGCCGUGGCUCGGAACAAGGCCGUAGAGGCCCUUCCUGUAAAGCCUCUGAGCACUGCGGACCCCAGCAUUGGCGGCGAAACCAGUGCGACAGAGCUGGAGAGCGCCGAAAGCAUUCGGCGAAUGCUCUCCUUUGUGAAUGGCAGCCGGGAUGGCAACACAGGCACCAACACGGGCACCAACACGGGCUUUGUCCGAUUCAGCAACUGUGCCGAUGCCGCGAGUGCAGCAGGCACCAGCACCUGUAAAGGCCACACGCUGGCUCUGGCCGGCACGCUUCUGUCGGAGGCCCUGUCCAAGGGCGCGGCAGGGCUGUGUGUAGACGACUGUGCGGCGCACGUGCAGGACACCAAGUCCUACCCGCGUGACCUGGUGCUGUCGCGCCAUGCGCCCAUGCCACUCGCCCUGGCGUUGGCUACCCACACCUCCAGCUCGCUGCAGCAGGGCAGCGAGGGGCUCCUGGGGACAACGGCGGACCGCUGCAGCACAUCAGCGUUUGGCCCCGCUGGCAGCAUUGCACGGGCCCCCUACCUGGAGCCAGUCCCCAGCAGUGGCGGCGUUGCGGCUGGGGCCCAGGCAGCUGCGGCCGCCGCUAAACUGUUUGCAGGUGUUGGCGGCGGCGGCAGUGCUGCAGCCAACACUACAGCAGACGGCCGGCCACUGCUUGCCCUGUACACUGCAUUUACGCAGACAAUGCCACGGCCGCUUCUGCAGGCCGUUGUGCGGUCUCAGCGAGAGCUGCUUGCGGCCGUGGAGCCCAUUGUGAUUACAAAGAUGACGCAAGGAGACCUGCAAAUGGAGUGGCAGCACAUGAAGGUUGAGCUGAAGAACUCACAGCAGCGCAGGAAGAGCGGCGCAACCCCCGUUGACAACACCAACCUUGCUGAGCUGGCCCGCUCCCUCAGCUUCCAGCCUGCCUGUGUCCCUGAAAACGCCGUGGUCGGCGGCGGCUGUGGUGGCCUCAGCGGCCACCGGGACGAGGAGGACGCCCCAGACGUCUUUACGAACGGCCUCAGCCCACAGGCCGCUGCUGCCAUCGCCGCCGCCAACGCCAGCCGAGCCGGUGCCCUCGGUGCCGGCGGCAACAACCUCCUGGGCACGGGUGGCACCCUGGACACUUUUGCCACCGCCAUCGAUGCCGGAGCCCUUGCUGCUGGCGUCUGCGGCGCUGUGACCAGCGAUCACCGCCACCAUGAGGACUCUGCGGCCAUGUCUGCCAGCUCAGUCACAGGCAGCACGGGCGCAACCCUGGGCCAGGCACUGGCGGCGUUGUUCAGCCCGCAGGCGGCUGCCGGCGGGUCACCCAAGCGCCCGGACGAGGACGGCUCGGGGGCUCCUCAGACAGCAGAGGGCGGCCGGCCGCGCAACCCGCUCCUGCAGCGGCUCUUAACCAACGGCGGCAGCCCAGCCAUCGGUGUGGCGGCGGCGUCCACUGGCCAGCAGACCGCCUUGAACGCGUUCGCGAGCGCGGUGCUCAAUACUCCGCGCGGCGGCGGCCAGCAGGCGCCACCGCUGCAGCUGGUCUCCCCAGGAGUGGCGCUGCAUAGGGUCGUGUUCGCUUGCAGUAGCAGCCCGGGGUCCGGGGGUCAGGGCAGCGGUGUGGCUGGCAGGGACGUCAGGGGGCCGGAGAGCGCAUGCUGCGCCCGCAGCGCAAACUAUCCGCGACGGGCGGUCGCGCUGCGGGGCCGCAGCAUCUCUUUCAGGCUGGAGGCCGCAGAGACCCCGCGAGGCGCGUCCAAGCUGGCUCCUAUCAUCUCCAUCAUGCAUGAGCGCCUCAAGGCGGCGCAGGCGCUGCAGAUGAUGAACAGUGCCGCGGACUCGCGACAGAGCGACAUCGACAGCGUCGUGCUGCUACAGGAGGUCGGGCGCGGAGGCUACGGCAUCGUAUUCCGUGCCAAGUACCACGGGUCGGAGGUUGCUGUCAAGGUCAUUCAGGAGGCGCAGGUCACGCCUGCCGCCGUCAGCACCAAGACCAAGACCACAAACUCGGCAGGCUUGGGAGGCCGGGCGAAUGCCUCCGUGGCGCUGCACAAGCAGAACGUGCACGAUGCCAUCGAGCUGGUGGCCUCGGUGUCCAUCAGCCACCCCAACAUCGUGCAGGUCCUGACCUUCUUCACGGACUGCCGGUUGGAAGGCGCCAGCCUGCAAGCCAGUGGCGACUUCGUCGACCCCGCCACCCCCAUGCCCAAACUGGUGCACGUGCCGAACACCGACACGGGAGCCGAUGCCGACGACCCAGAGGCGUCCUCGAUGGCACUGGUGAUGGAGUACUGCGAUGCGGGCUGCCUCAGUGAUGCCAUUGUGGACGGGCUUUUCCUGAGGCAGCUCCAGCCCACCACUUCGAGCCACGACCCGAACGCCAAACGCAAGCCCAUGCUGGCGAUCAGUUUCAGGUCCGUCUUGCUCACGCUGUUGGAGGUGGCGCUGGCGCUGCGGCACAUGCACUCGCUGCACCUGGUGCACUGCGACCUCAAGCCGCAGAACGUGCUGCUCAAGUCCAACCCGCGCGACUCCCGCGGCUUCACAGCCAAGCUGUCCGAUUUCGGUCUGGCCAAGACUAUGGCGCACGAUGAGCAGGGCAGGUUGGUGAUUGACGAGGCGGUGGCCAGCGGCACCGUAACACACGUGGCGCCGGAGGUGUUCAUGGGUCAACGCCCGCUGGGAGCGGCUGUGGACAUUUUCGCCUUUGGCAUCAUCAUGCACCAGGUCGUGGCUGGCGUGCGUCUCCACGAGGGCUUGACGGCACAGCAGAUUGCAGACGCCGUGUCGCAUGUGGGUCUGCGCCCGCGCAUGCCGUCGUGGGUGCCCUCCAACUACCGCGCGCUCGCCGAGCGCUGCUGGCACGCGCUGCCCAGCGCCCGGCCCACUGCUGACGAGCUGGUGCGACAGCUGGAGCGCCUGGGCGCGGGCAUGGCUUCUGUGGCGUCGAAAUCGCAAUCAGAGAGGCCGCAGUCCGGCUACAGUCAAUUUGCAAACUGAGAAACGAAAUGCACGGUACUUGCAGCAUCAGACAUUGCUGCGCCAAGUACUGAGCCCAGGGGGCCUUGUAGGGAACGGCGGGAAGGUUAGCUAUGAUCAGGUCGGCGGCCAUCAGUGGUAAAGUGUGUGCUGAAGGCUUCAGCAAUGCAGGUAAUCUAACAAACAACACGGAAUUCAUGUAUUCUUGCAAGCACCGCCUUGUGUUUGUCAGCAACAUUUCAUACUGUACAUGACACUUGCAACAUGGGCCUCGCUACAUGGGGAGAGCUGCAAGCUAUUGUCGUAUGCAUGUGUAUGUGGGUUAAGGCUGCCACAUUUGGUACUCGCGUGUACAUCGUACACAGCGCUUGCGCUAAAGAUGGAUGGUGUGCAUUAAGGCUGCGUGCUGCAUUAUCAUGCCUAAGAGUGCGUGGCUGGGAAGAGGUAACAGCACGACGCGUGCCCUCGGCUGGGGAUUGUCCUUCCGGUGCCACUGCCGGCAGAGGCAUUGAAUUGCACAAUGCAGAAGGGGCAGCAGGGCGGCGGGCGGUUCCGGUCGUGGUGGUAGAGGUGACAUCGCACUUGAGAAGCUGCAUUGCUUGGUUGGUAUGUCAUGAGAAUCCCCGCCGCACGACGCAUCGGGACGCAGCACCCGGUUAUUAGGAGCUGGCUGUCUGCUGACCUAAUGCGUUAGUCUGGCCUGGCCGGGACGUGUAGUUGUAAGGCUUAAGAGAUGCUGGCAUGCGCAACCCAUUCAUCCACCAGCGACAGCUGCUGGUCGCAUACUAUGGACGUAUCCCUAUUAAUGAUAUGGCGGAGCCCUGGCUUUGACGUGAUGCGGGCAUGUGGUCGGGCUGUUGACUGCUAAAUUCAAUGCUUUGCAGAGGUGUGCCACCGUUUUGGAAUGAGAAUGAAAUGCAAGGGCCGGUGACACCGAUUGUGGUGCAGGUCAGUUUCCAAUGAGUGGGGUCAGUUUCACAACUCAAUCUGUUUCAAACGCAGCGCCGAUUGCUGGGCAGGGAACAAGAAAUGUGGUUUUCCCUCGCAAGGGAGAAGUGGGCUGCGCCCACGCCACGUCUCCAGUCUGAGGCCGCACGCGUCUACCCCAUCUCCCGAACAUAGCCGGGAGCAUGCUGGGGCGGUCCCGUUACUGGACGGUGGUCGCUCCGUGCGGGUGGGGCGCGGCGCUUGGACGAGGAAGGGGGUCUGAGGCAAAGGACCCCGUUAACCCCGAGACCCGGAUAGGAUGAAAUGGCCGCGGUAUUUGUAUCCGGUGGUUUGCAGCAGUGCAUGAAGGCGCACUUGAUUCGAUGUAGAUGGUGCGCGUGCUGCCUGCUGCGGCCACCCUAGAAAUGACGAGUGUGGUGGGAACGAAUGCGUACGUAGACCAGAGCGGACGGCGGAGUGGGCUUGCAGGUGGCACGAGAGUAGGCAGUCAGUAGCGCAAGCGCGAGUAGAACAACUACCAAGGCAACACGGCGGCCUCCGAGUAAUGGGCAUUACUAUGGUUUCACCGAACCCCAUGAUGCCGCAUGAUGCCGCAUGCUACAUUGCAUUACUGUUGAGCAAGGGUACACGAGACCUGGAUGCGUGGCGAUGCGAGAGAAUGUCUGGGUGGGUGGCGAUGCUGUCAAUUGAAUGGGUCCUGUCACUGAACGGUGGCCGCUCGGUUCGGGUGGGGUGCGGCCGCAGCGCCUGGACGAGGGGGGAACCUGAGGACCCCGUUAAACCUGAGACCAGGAGAGGAUGAAGUUGCCGCGGUGUCUGUAAGGACGUGGGGGCAGAGGUACGGCAGGUGUGCCUUGCAGUUUGAGUGAGCGUGAAUUACACGAUACAUGCCGGUUGGGUACAGAUGGCCCUCAUGAAAUGGUGCCCCACAAUACGGGAGUGGGAGUGGGGGGGGCAGGGGGCAUGUGUGUGUGAGGGAUUCAGACUGCAAGAUAUGUAGAUGCCCCCGCAGGGUUAAUUGGUUUGUCAGUAACCGGCCCUGGUGAGGGCACUGUACAGCAUACGGCACGUGUGUGUGCCGUAGUGGUGUAGUUGACAGGCAGACAAGCCUGGCAGGAUCACAAGUUAGUUGGUGCCUACACAGUACAGUACCGCGCUUCAGUGCCGCGCGCCAACUGCAGUUGCUGAGCAUCAGGAUACAUGUAACACGCCUUCACACCUGCUGCCGCCAUUGUAACCUUACCGGUGC